AUGGAUUCGCAACCGAAUUGGUCGCGGGGUAUUAGAAUACCCAGAACGCCGGCGGAAUGGGCAUCGAUGGCUGGGGAGGUAAAAAUGCCAGCGCUAGCUGAAAAUGUGACCGACGAGGAGUACCCAGCAGGUCAACCUGUCUCCUCCCUGGACAUGCAUGACGUUGGCCAUUGGGAAUCUGCCUCAAAGGUUUCGGAGGCACACUUUCUCCUGACUCGAUGUUUGUGGACGUUUUCCCACGCCAACUCGUUAGCCAAGUUUAAGGUGUACCCAGACCCUAUGGUGAAACCAUACGACCAUGAAACCUACAGACCAUCGAAAAAAUGGCUUAGUGACAGGCAGGACUGGCAAGAUUAUUUGGAUGACAUCCGAGAGAAUAUGAACAAACGCCCGGACCCGGGACAGGCGAAGAGCCUUGGCGAAUUCACAAGCACGCGACAUUGGCAACUCUGUGUCCGGGAUGGAGAGAAACAGGACAAUGAAAGAGGCAAUUCCCCUACUAUCACAAGGAGCAGAGCAAAGCGAGAUUUACCUUCAGUGGGAAUGCAGAUGGAGGUUGACGGCUCUUCUGAUGCUCUUGACGCAAGUGCCGAAUUGACGAACACUGUAUCGAGGUCAAGCGGGAUUUCCUAUAAUACUGCCUUCGGAGACGAUGGUUCGGUGGACCGAAUGAGCGGUGUUAUGAAGACCUUGUCGAGAUCAAGUGGGAGUUCCAAUGAUCCUUCCACCAGAGCGAGGGAUGCAAUGAUGGACGAAAUGCCCGAACUUUCGAUGAUCGAGACUAAGUCAAGUAUCAGCUUGGGGGAGCUAACAAAGAAAAUUUCCCCCCAAUCUGCCACCGGAAAGGAGGAAGCAUUGACUAUGCUUUGCAGAACAAGCGACGAAGAAACGGUCAACAUGGCCCUUGUGGAACUUUUGAGUGCAUUGACAAGAUGCUGUCCAUAUGUUUAUCUGGAAUGGAAAGCAGACAGACAGUCAUUUGAAGUCUGUCUAGGAAAGGCUCGGCUCCGUGCUAAGUCAGACGGUGGUUUAUUCUCAAGACACUCAGACGUUUUUGCCCUUGUUGAGGUCAAGCCCUUCGUUCUGCUGGCGGCGCCCGAAACGACUUUGAGGCAAAUAUCAUUGCAGAUGGUCGCAUGGAUCGCGCAUGCCAUGAGAGAACCGCAAAACCGAAGGAAAGCGUAUGUUUUCCUCCAUUGCCGUACUCAUACUAAGUCCAAGCCGUUUUCUCAUACGCUGGCAGAUACUACAUGA